AUUAAACUAAAAGUAGAAGAAGAAGCGUCUUUUCCGGUUGAGGCGGAAGUGCCUCGGCUCUUCCUUUCCUGGUGCAGUCCGCGGACCUCAACGUGUCGCGACAAAAUGGCACUGUACAAUUUCAAGAAGAUUAUGGUGGUUCCCACCGCGAAGGAAUUCAUCGACAUCACUUUAUCCAAAACCCAAAGGAAGACGCCCACAGUGAUACACAAGCAUUACCAGAUCCACCGUAUCCGACACUUCUACAUGCGAAAAGUGAAGUUUACUCAGCAGAGCUACCAUGACCGCCUCUCGCAGAUCCUCACCGACUUCCCCAAGCUGGACGACAUCCACCCGUUCUAUGCUGAUCUCAUGAACGUGUUGUACGACAAAGACCAUUACAAACUGGCCUUAGGACAGAUCAACAUCGCCAAGAAUCUGAUCGACAAUGUUGCCAAAGACUAUGUGCGUCUGAUGAAGUAUGGAGAUUCUCUGUAUCGAUGUAAACAGCUGAAGAGAGCUGCUCUGGGUCGUAUGUGCACCAUCCUGAAAAGGCAGAAGUCAAGUCUGGAGUAUCUGGAGCAGGUGCGUCAGCAUCUGUCCCGUUUGCCGACCAUUGACCCCAACACGAGGACCCUGCUUCUGUGCGGUUACCCCAACGUCGGCAAGUCCAGUUUCAUCAACAAGGUAACCAGAGCAGAUGUUGAUGUCCAGCCUUAUGCUUUCACCACCAAGUCUCUGUUUGUGGGUCACAUGGACUACAGAUACCUGCGCUGGCAGGUGGUGGACACCCCUGGUAUCCUGGACCACCCCCUGGAGGACAGGAACACAAUUGAGAUGCAGGCCAUCACGGCUCUGGCUCACCUGCGAGCGGCGGUUCUUUACGUCAUGGACAUUUCCGAGCAGUGCGGUCACACCCUGCAGGAGCAGCUGGAGCUCUUUAACAGCAUCCGACCCCUGUUCGCCAACAAGCCUCUCAUCGUUGUCGCCAACAAAUGUGAUGUUAAGAAGAUCAGUGAGAUUUCUGAGGAGAAUCAGAAAAUCUUUGCGGACCUCUCUGCUGAUGGAAUCCCUGUGAUCGAGACCAGCACCCUGACCGAGGAGGGAGUCAUGCAGGUUAAAAAUGAGGCCUGCGACCGGCUCCUCGCCCAUCGCGUCGACACCAAGAUGAAGGGAAAGAAGGUUCACGAUGUUCUCAACCGGCUCCACCUGGCCAUGCCUGCCAAGAGAGAUGAGAAGGAGAGGCCUCCGUUCAUCCCAGAGGGAGCCUUGAUGCGCAAGAAAGCAAUGGAGGUGGAUGCACCCAAACGCAAACUGGAGAGAGAUCUGGAGAUGGAGCUUGGUGAUGACUACAUCCUGGACUUGCAGAAAUACUGGGAUCUGAUGAACGAGGAUGAGAAGCAGGACAAGAUCCCUGAGGUCUGGCAGGGCCACAACAUCGCAGAUUACAUCGAUCCUGACAUCAUGAAGAAACUGGAGGACCUGGAGAAGGAGGAGGAGCUGAAGGAGCGAGCUGGAGAGUACGACUCUGACGAGGAGAGCGAGGACGAGGAGAUGCAGGAAAUCCGCGUUCUGGCCAAACAGAUCCGCGAGAAGAAGCAGCUCAUGGUCAUGGAGUCAAAAGAGAAGGAUGUGCACGGGCCUCGCAUGCCCAGGACCGCUACCAAGGUUGAAAGAACAAAGCUCGAGAAGGAGAUGGGUGACCUCGGUCUGGACAUGAACCACAAGGAAGACAGCCACUAUGUACAACAGGCCCGACGGUCCCGCAGUGUCACUAAGAAACGUAAACGUGAAACUUCAGUCGCUCCCAUCUCCAAGACCCGCAGCCAGAGCGCCUCCCGUCCCCCUCGAGACCAGUCUGGAAUAAGAGACCCAAAGAUGGCAAAGAAGGCAAAGAAAAUGAUGAAGAACUCCCAGAAAGACAUGAACCGCCAAGGCAAGAAGGGAGAGGCAGACAGACACGUGUUUGACCUCAAACCCAAACACUUGCUGGCUGGGAAGAGGAAGUCAGGCACCAAUGAUCGCAGAUAAAGCUGCGUUGUUCUGGACUGAUAAAGACCUUUCCACUCUUUGGGCCAGGAGAGGCUUGUGUGGGGACAUAGUAUUUAUGUCUGUCAUUCUAUCCAUUUUACCCAGAGCUAAAGAGAACCUGAAAUAUAUUUACUUUUAACAAAGGAAACUGGUCUUCAGUGGAAGGUCAAGCUGCUGAGGAAAUAUGCCAACCCUCUGAGAUGAUUAGAAAUUACAAUAUUGCGUCUUUGUUUGUCAGCUCAAACUAAAUUAACCACACAGACAUAAACUAUCACGGAGCCUCAAAAACUAUUAAUUUAGGUGAUGCAGUUGCCACGGUCUAAUCUGGAUCCUGAUUAACAGUACUUAACUUAAAUAUCCAGUUAUUUCACCUUUUUCUUUGCAAUAGUGAGUUCAAGUCAGAUUUUAUGCCAUGUAGUUUGUAUGUGGCUCUGGAAAAUGCUGGGUUUACUUCAGAUGAAGUGAUGCUCCUUCCUUUACGAGUACUAAUCAACACGGGAGCCAAAUAAAUGUACACCUGAACGAGA